UCCCUACGCCUGCCUGUCAAAAAUAUUUCCGCUCUUUCUCAAAGCCGCGGUCGAAUUUCGUGAUAUUCACUUGCAUCAGCUGAUCCUAGUCUUCCCGAAAACGGUUCUAACUCGUUGGGAACUAGACUGCUGUCGCUGCUCUAUGCACUUGUUUUCUUGUUAGCUACAUAUAAGCUGACAGAAGAGGCCGAGGUUGCCGUAGUGUAGUAGGCACUAGCUGUUAGUCAGACAACGAUAGAGGCCACCGCUUCCGUGUAACGGAAUCAAGCUAGGCUUCAACCCAGUAAAACGGUUGUGGCCCCACUGUGGAUUCCCUGGAUUGGACCGGGGCGGAGGCAGUCGUAGGCAGAGCAGGCGCCACGUGAAGUGCGGUUCCGACUUCCCCUAUGAGUAGCAGCACCGGUCAGAGAGCACCACGGACCCGGGCGGCGAAGGCAAGCCAGGGGACAGGGGGGACAACGACAUGGACCCCUCAGGACCAGAGUGUGGACCCUUCAUACAGGCCUACUACCACUGCAGGUCCAACUACAGCCUGCAGUGGUGGGGGGAGUUCCUGUGUCCUGAGUAAGCUCAUCCAACUGCCGGCUCCGCCACUGUCGCGCCACCAGCUGAAGAAGUUAGAGGAGCACAGAUACAGCAGUGCAGGUCGCUCACUUCUGGAGCCCUUCAUGCAGCACUACUGGGAGUGGCUAGUGGCAUGUGUGCCAGCAUGGAUAGCCCCCAACCUCAUCACUAUUGUGGGCCUGGCCAUCAACAUUCUCACCACAUUGGUGCUGGUGUACUACUGCCCCACUGCCACUGAACAGGCACCGCUGUGGGUGUACCUGUCUUGUGCAGUGGGCCUCUUCAUCUACCAAUCACUGGACGCCAUCGAUGGGAAACAGGCACGGCGCACCAAUAGCAGCACCCCACUGGGAGAGCUCUUUGACCAUGGCUGUGACUCCCUUUCAACAGUGUUUGUGGUCUUGGGCACCUGUAUCGCCGUCCAACUUGGAACCAACCCCGACUGGAUGUUCUUCUGCUGCUUCGCCGGCAUGUUCAUGUUCUACUGUGCUCACUGGCAGACCUACGUGUCAGGAACCCUGCGCUUUGGCAUCAUUGAUGUGACUGAAGUGCAAUUCUUCAUUAUAAUCAUGUAUUUGCUGGCUGCCAUCGGAGGACCAGCUUUUUGGCAGUUCUUGAUCCCUGUGGUGAACAUCCAGAUUAAGCUCAUUCCAGCCAUCCUCACUGUGGCGGGAGCCAUCUUCUCCUGCACCAACUACUUCCGGGUCAUAUUCACGGGAGGAGUAGGAAAGAACGGGUCCACCAUAGCGGGAACAAGUGUCCUGUCGCCGUUCUUCCACAUAGGGUCAGUCAUCAUUCUGGCCGUCAUGAUCUACAAGAAGUCUGCGUCCCAGCUGUUUGAGAAGCACCCCUGUCUCUAUGUCCUGGCCUUUGGGUUUGUGUCGGCCAAGAUCACCAACAAGCUAGUGGUAGCUCAUAUGACAAAAAGUGAGAUGUAUCUCCAUGACUUGGCUUACCUGGGGCCAGGGCUGCUCUUCUUGGACCAGUAUUUUAACAGCUUCAUAGACGAGUACUUGGUCCUCUGGGUGGCACUGUUCCUGUCCAUCUUUGAUCUAGUGCGCUACUGUGUUAGCGUCUGCAACCAGAUCGCCUCUCACCUGCACAUCUUCGUGUUCAAGAUCAAACCCCCCAACCUACGGUCCGCCUCUGCCUCUCGGUCAGGCAAAGACGUCUGGUGUAACUGGUCUGGUGACACUACUGACAGGUGGUGACACCGUCCGACUGGAGCUGGUGGAAUUAACCCCAACCGCCUCCCCCUUGUCUCCACAGGGUUCCCAUUGGAUGAGACGAAUUGGAGGCAGUCUUUCUACGAAUGUAUAAUGCUGUGUUCACAACAUCUCGUCAUUUCGUAAAUACCAGCAUACAACUGGGAAAAAUCCACAUGAACGCCCCUCCAACUGGUAAUUACUAGUGGGAAACUAUCAUCCCUGUGCUCAGUUUCCCACUUGCACCUCUCUGACGUCAUUUGUCAACAAACAAGACAGCAAGCUUGCCGGUAUUUUCAGCAGUUGUUUAUGGUAAGAACAAAAUACAAAUUGUUAAUACAAAAUUGAUUCUGUUAAUCUUCCUUUAGAUUUAGAAAGUGAAAUAUGGAUAUUUAUUUUUAUGGGCAAAAAAUAGUGAAACAAUCUGAAGCCUUCUAAUGACCUCCAAGUUUGAUAAUAUUUCCCAGUUCAAAACGUGAAUACACCCAACUGAUAAUUACUACCUUCCCACUUGGUUAUGAACGCAGUAUUAGUCAAUUCAAUUAUGAAUACAUUGAGGGUGGGGAAAAUUCGAUUUUUUUUUAAUUAAGAUAAUUUAUUUCAGUCUGGUGUGCAAUAGUGAUACGUUUUUGCAGAUGUGUGGUGUAAAAGGUACCUAGCCGAAGAGGAGAAUGAGUAAUAUGUUUUCUGUUGAGGUGUAGUUUGUCAUAAAAGAAGAACCUGGUUGUUUGGUAACAAACUAUUUGAGAUUUAUCAGUUAUCUAACCAAAGGUUGUGGAUAGGGGUUAAUGUUGCUUAUUAUAACCAUGCUACCACUAUCCAAAUGCACUGAAAAUAAAAUGUUAUCCAUAGGAAGGAGCAGGUUAUACCUAACCAAAUGAUAUACUUAGCUAUGAGAAAAACGCUUAGUGUAUUUGCGUGUUUCUGUCCGAGCAAUAUGACUUAAAUGCCGGUCUGUUCUUUCAGUAAUGGUACUUGUUCAGCACAUCUACAUACAAUUCCCACCUGUAUUCCACUCCAGAGAAAAAUGAUAGUUCUCUGUUUAAGGUGUAGCACAGAGUAUUUCUUUAUAGUAUUUCUGCAUUCUGUUUGAACCAUCUGAAAAGCUGUCAUUAGAGAUUGCGAAUAGCAUUGUGGAAGAACACAUGGUCAUGAGCGAAGACUGCCUUGCAUUUCUGUUAUUGAUCCUAUGUCAUCCUUGUCCUGUAUAGCCUACAUCAGGGUUAUUCAACUCUUACACUAUGAGGUCUAGAGCCUGCUGGUUUUCUGUUCUACCAGAUAAUGAAUUCCACACACCUGGUAUCCCAGGUCUAAAUCAGUCUCUCAUUAGAGGGGAACAAUGGGGGGAAAAGCUUUGGAACUGGCUGUAAGCUCCAGGGUUGAGUUUGAGGGGCCUGCAUGAUCUAUGACGCUGAAUUGUAUUAUGUUCAAUAAGCCCCAAACAAGGGGACCAUUGUCUCAUCAUGUUUACAUGAUAUGGCUAUGUACUUCAUUUUCUCCCAUGUGAUUGCAGUACAAAUGGACCUGCAUUAAUACUACUGUUUCUGAGAGAUGGAACACAGUUCCUGCUGUAUGCUUCCAGUUAACUUGUGCAAGUCAAUGGAGCUCUUCUCGUUAUAAAUAAUAAUAUAAUAUAUGCCAUUUAGCAGACGCUUUUAUCCAAAGCGACUUACAGUCAUGUGUGCAUACAUUCUACGUAUGGGUGGUCCCGGGAAUCGAACCCACUACCCUGGCGUUACAAGCGCCAUGCUCUACCAACUGAGCUACAGAAGGACCAUGCGUUCAGACUCUUAACCGUUAGGAAUCUAGCUCAUCAUUAUGAUAUUCAAGCAACAGUUAUGAGUACCGGUAUGUGUUCUGUCCACCGCAAGUCAUUUUUGUCACCAUGGAUGACAAAAAAAAAAUAGUUUGGAAUGUUUUAGUGAUAGGUGUUACUCCAACCUCCUCACACUCCUUUUACAAUAUUCAUCUGUUUUUUCUCUUUAAAAAAACAAACAUUUUACAUAUAUUUUUUUUAAUGAAUUCAACUGUGUUGCUUUUUAGUUGAGCUUUGGUUAUACUGUAGCGUUGAUGAAAUAGGAGUCGAUCAGGCUGGCACCCGUGUUAAUCAGUUCCUCCAAGUGGGGAUGUAUGUGAAAAAAUGCAAUAGUCGGUAUGCAGCAGUUGCCUUAAAUGCUAAGUAUUUGCAUUAGAUGGGAAGGUUUCAAAACUAUGGCCUGAAGAGGCUAGUGUUAGACCUAAGUGUUGUGCUAUAAAUGCUUGAUUAGUAACUGAUGAAUACAAUGAAGGGUAUGUUUAGAUGUUCUCCUCCACUUCACUCCCUGAUGUUACCCCUACAGCCACUCCAACUCUCCCAGAGCAACACUGGUGUCAUGGCAGCUGCAUCCCCAUUUAGGUUUCUCUCUGUUCAUAGUUAGUGAACUUUGGUCUGUUACACAAUAGCCCAUCAGUUAUCUCUCCUGUGUGGAACAGUUCAAUCCACCCAUUUUGUAUGGGGUCUUAUCAUUAACCAAGUAUUUAACUAUACCUGUAGGGACGCAGUACCGUCCAUGGUCAAACAUAAGGAAUGUUUUUUUUAAAGCAAAAAUUAAGGAAUGUCUACCCUACCAAUUUAGCUAAUAUCAAACAGUGAUGCACAGAGUAUUAACAUGUCUACCGUUUAAUGUCUCUUCAUAACAAGAGCUUGUCAAUGUUUGUAUCCGAUGCAUGGGAUGGGCAUUACAACCACUGUAAUGUUCAGUCAAUGGCCACAUGGAUAUGUAACUGAUAGUGUUCAACCAAUUGAAACACCGCCUCAAGCGUAACUAAUUUUCCCUUGGAUUGUUUAUUUUCUGUGCAAUGCAGAGAUUUAAGAUGACUUGCAAAGGGUGCAUCAUUGGUCAGUGUAAAACAAAAAAAAACAAAAAAUGCUUUUUAGUGUUUAAUGAUGUUCAAUGGUUUUAAUUUGUUUGGUCAAAAUUGUUACUUUUCUGUUAAAGAAAACCAUUCAUUUUUGAAUAAACAAGCCUAUGUAAAAUAAAGAUUGCUAUAUUUAUAACAGGG